AUGAAAAGGGAGUUUCAGUGUCUGGCCUAUAUCAAGGAAGAGUCGGUACCUCUUCAACAGCUUCUCAUCACUCGAGGAUUGGACGGUCGCAAUCGCUUCCAUUGUUGGGUACUGACCAGUUACGUGGGCGGUGGCGAGUGGCCGUGGAGAGUGCUGUACCAACUGCCCACCCCGCAGUGCUCACUGAUCAUGGAGGUGAAUGUGUCGGCGGUCAGUCGGUCCAAUGCAGCGCUUUAUCUCGACGAUAGAGCCCGCUCUAAGGCCUGCAAACCUCACGAGGAAUCAAAGCUGCAUGUGACACAAAAUGACGUCACCAAGUCCAGUGCGACCAACUUGUCGUACAUAGUGCCCAAACCCGGCCUGGAAAAAGGGUCGGGCUACACGGAAAUACUGGUCAAGCCCAGCCCAACAAGAACACCACAGACUCCGCAUCCACCAAUCACGGACUUCCACAGUACAGACCCGACGGUGCUGGGCGUAUACAACAAAGCUAGCUCGUCUCUGAUUGGUCAAAAUCUGUACCGCAAAGGCUAUGUUGUUCUUUUGUAUUUGUUGCUGUACGGUGUUUUAUACAAAUUAUCUGCAAGAUGAUCUCUUUUUAAUAUUAUUCUGCUGUGUGGUUAAGAUUUGCGUGUAAUUUAACAGGCAGAGCUUGCGUGAGUGCCUAAAUUAACAUAAAUAAUGCUGAGAUAAUAAAAGUACUGGUGAGCGAGAGAGAGAAAGAAGAGGAGAGGGGAGAAAGACUGUGAAAGAAACAAGACAAUGAGAGUGACAGGCAUAUACAUUCACAGACAGAGAAAGGGAGGGGGAGGUGGGGAGAGAAAGAGAGAAUGUGACCGUUAAAUCAACUGGUAACGUUUUACACUCCUAUCAACACGGUUUAGAUCAUUUAGGCAGCGGGCUACCUUCGACCCUGCCUGCCACGGCCAACAUGGGCUCAGUAGGAUACAGCAUCCUAAUAUGUACUUAGGGCACUCUACAAAUCAGAUUCAUCAAUGUGAGCAGGGCCAGGCAGUUUUUUCCCCAUGAAUAGAGGAAAAGCUACCAUUUUGGCACAACACGGCCGAUUCGACUCGAGACCUUGAAAAACAAACAUGUUUGAUUUUGAAGGUAGCAGCAGUCGAAUUACGACGAAUUCGGUCAAACUGUGGCAAAAUGGUCGAUUUUUCAGUGUCCAAAAAAAAAAAGAAAAUAUGUGCCAAAAUGGCAGCUUUCUUCCCCUAUCCAUUAAAGAAAAUCUGACAGGCCCCGACUUGAUCGAAGGAAUUCGAUUGGCAGCGUGAACUGAGUAUAACUAUACUACAUGUAUAACAGACAGACGGAGAUACUUGCUCGAUAACUUCCCCAUGUGGAAGUCGAACCCACGUCUUCUCCGUCCAACGACAGAGCCUAAGUUAACUAAGUAUUACACCAUAGACGCUGGGAUAGAGAGGGGGAGAGAGAGAGAGAGAGAGAGAGAGCGAGACAGAGAGAGAAGAAUAGAGGGAGAAGAUAGAACAUGAAUUUAUGCAUGCGUGUUUUUGAGUGAGUGAGUGAGUGAGUGAGUGAGUGAGUGAGUGAGUGAGUGAGUGAGUGAGUGAGUGAGUGAGUGAGUGAG